UUUCCCAGAAUCGAAAGAGAAAAUGUGUUAUUUUUUUUACGGAUCCUACCUUGCCAAGAUGCCCAUCAAUGUUGAUGAUGUGAUGCAGCUGUUCUGCCACCUCUCUGAGAUAAAGGGGAUGAAAGCUGCUAUCAAGCACUCUGGUGGAGGAGCACUGCUGGUGUUUGCAACAGCUUUUAUUGGGGGUCUGAUGGCAGGUCCACGUGGAAUUGCUGUAGGAGGAGCAUUUGGUGGCUUGCUUGGUGCCUGGAUGACAAGUGGACAGUUCAGGCCAGUCCCUCAGAUUUUACUGGAAUUGCCUCCUGCUGAGCAGCAGAAGCUCUACGAUGAAGCCAUUGUUAUUCUCAGGCGCUUAGACUGGACUGACGUUGCUCAGCUGACUGCUCUUGUAAUGGGAAAUGCUAGUCUCCAGCAGAAGUUGACAGCAGUGCUGAUAAAUUACCUCUCCAAAGAGCUAAGAGCAGAGAUACAGUAUGGAGAAUGAACCUUUCCAGAGCAGGCUUUUUACAGUGUAAGGAAUUUUACUUUGACAGUCACAUACUUCAACACAACAAUUACUGGUUAUCUGUACUAAUUAUGAACAUAGGCCAAUCUAAGUAUUGUUUUGGGGUUGAUGUUUGGGGUUUUGUUUGCGGGUUGUUGAGAAGGGGUGUGUGUGUGAGGAUGAGAUUAAUGCAUUAUCCUGCCACUGACUUGCUACGUAAUGUUGAAUUACUCUGCACUUGACUGAAUUCCGAAUCACUGCAGGGAAUUAGGCAUCUCUUACAUUAAUGUAUCACUAGUUAAAAUUUCCAAGUGACUGUGUUUUAUUUAGGGGAUAUAAUCAUGUUUAAGUGCUUUACCUCUCUUCUGUGAAUGCCAUAUAGGUGUUGCCAAAGUAGGUAGGGCACUUUGAAGAAUUUUACCUUGUUUGUUUUUUUUUUUACCUGAUUUGGUCCUGCAAAAGAGUUACAAGAAAGUACAUUACUGUGAACUCAAACAUCUCCAAAGUACUCUCUUUAGUCUUUGUUGCUUUUAAGCUGUAAAUUCUUGAGUUAUUUAUUCCUUUCUGUAAGAAGUGAAUCCAAUGCCUAAACAAGAUUUAAGGCAACAGGUAAACAAACCAUUCACAAUUAGUAAUUCCUGGUGUCCUGGAAUGGGAAGGCAUAGCAAGAAUACUCUUUGAGUUUAAAAGAGGGGAGUUGAAUCUGCAGUUUUUGUACUAUACCAGGAUAGGGUUGUCAUUUCAGCACUGGUUUCUUGACUGCCUCUGAACAGAUGGUCCGCUGUCUUCAUUAUUCUGAAGAAGCAUCAUAAUGGCCUGUUUUCUUUUAAAGGAACUCUUUCUGAAUUGAGUACUGAAAUUUGAGCAUGAAACCAGCCUGGUACUGGACCAGCAUCAGUUGGCAGCAGUGGUGGUGGGGUGAGGUGCUGGCUGCAGUUAACACUGAGUUCCAAAUGCAGUGUUCCUGAAUGUCCUAGCCUGUUGUUCACUGUUCAUUUCAAGGCACUUGUGAGACAAGUUUGUAAGUAGAAAAAUGUACAGGUGUAUCUUCUUUUUGUAUGUAAAGCCAAAUGAAACUGCUCUGAUAAUUUAAUUUUCCCCUAAAAUAAAGAUGGAUAUCUGUGUGUGUG